AUGUCGUUUGGGCUUAAGAAUGCAGGAGCAACUUAUCAGCGAUUGAUGGACAGAGUCUUUGAAAAGCAAGUAGGGCGUAACAUGGAAAUUUAUGUGGAUGAUAUGGUGGUCAAAUCAGAGGAAAUGGGCGGUCAUUGUAUGGAUUUGGCUGAGGCUUUUGGAGAAAUCAGGAAGCAUAACAUGCGUUUGAAUCCGGAAAAAUGCUCUUUUGGGAUUCAGAGUGGAAAAUUUUUGGGCUUUAUGAUUACUCGAAGAGGAAUUGAAGUUAAUCCCGAUAAGUGCAAAGCCAUUUUAGACAUGCAGAGCCCAACAUCAGUGAAAGAGGUACAGAAGCUAACAGGAAGAAUUGCGGCUUUGUCACGAUUUUUACCAUGCUCAGGGAGUAAGGAGGCUCCGUUCUUAAAGUGCUUGAGGAAGAACAAAGCUUUUCAGUGGACAGAUGAGUGCGAGCAGGCUUUCCAAACUCUAAAGGAGCAUCUGGCUAAGCCUCCCAUAUUGUCAAAACCAAUUCCAGGUAUUCCGUUGUCAAUUUUUAUUUCCAUAUCAGAUAAUGUUGUGAGUUCCGUCUUAUUGGAAGAAUGUAAAGAGGAGUUGAGAAUUAUAUAUUUUGUGAGCCAUGCUUUACAAGGGGCUGAGUCAAGGUAUCAAAAAAAAGAAAAAGCUGCACUAGCUUUGAUUAUCACCGCCCGAAAGUUGAGUCCUUAUUUUCAAGAAUUUGGUAUAGUGUUUGAGAAGAAGGGACAAAUAAAGGCGCAGGGCUUAAUAGAUUUUGUGAAUGAGAUGUCUCCAGAAGAGAGAGUAUCAGAAGAAGUGGAAUGGUUUUUGUCUGUUGAUGGCUCGUCAAAUUUAAAAGGAAGUGGAGCUGGUAUAGUUUUGGAGGGACCUGGCGGAGUAAUUAUUGAGCAAUCUCUCAAGUUUGAUUUCAAGGCGAGCAACAAUCAAGCGGAAUAUGAAGCAAUAAUAGCAGGGGUGAGGCUUGCCUUGGAGAUGAAUGUACGCUGUAUUGUAAUAAAAAUUGAUUCUCAGCUUGUGGCAAAUCAGAUAAAGGGAGAUUAUCAGGCGAAGGAUGUUCAGUUGGCUAAGUAUUUGGUAAAGGUUCAGGAAUUGUUGAAGCAGAUGGACAAGUUUCAGGUAAAUCAUGUUCCAAGAGAGGAAAAUACAAGGGCUGACAUAUUAUCCAAACUAGCAAGCACAAAGAAACCAGGUAACAACAAGUCUGUGAUUCAAGAGACUUUGAAGGGUCCAAGUGUGAAGGAGGAUGAUGUUGUGAUGGCAACGGGCGGAGCAACUCUAGAUUGGAUGGAUAGAAUUCGAAUGUGUCUGGAAGCGAAUGGAUCAGACUUAGCUUUAUUUUCAAAGGAUCAGAUUCGAGAAGCGAGUCGCUACACAAUGAUGGGUGGACAACUUUACAAAAGGGGUGUUGGAGUUCCACUGUUAAGAUGUGUUAGUAAAGAGGAUGCAGAAAGAAUUAUGUUUGAGUUUACAAGCAGGAAGGUCAGAGAUUUUUGUGCAGAGAUGGGGAUUGAGAACAGGUUCGCCUCAGUUGAACACCCACAAUCUAAUGGGCAGGUUGAAGCAGCAAACAAGGUGAUUUUGAAUGGUGUGAAGAAGAGAUUGGGCGAAGCAAAGGGAUUAUGGGCUGAUGAAUUGAUCACAGUGGUUUGGGCUUACAACACAACACCCCAAUCCACUACUGGAGAAACACCUUUCAAACUUGCUUACGGAGUUGACGCGAUGAUUCCAGUGGAAAUACAAGACAUGACUUUUCGAGUGGCAGCAUAUGAAGAGAACCAAAAUCGAGAAAAUGUUCUAGUGGAUUUGAAUUUGGCAGACGAGAUAAAGGCAGAAGUUCGUUUAAGGGAGGCUGUAGUUAAACAAAGGUCAGAAAGGCGUUACAAUACUCGAGUGGUCCCUAGGAGCAUGAAAGUGGGCGAUUUGGUAUUGCGCACUAAGGCAAAGAGUUCAACUGAUUCAAAGCUGACACCUAAUUGGGAAGGUCCAUAUAGAGUUCUGCGCGAUUUGGGACAAGGGGCUUACCAUCUGGAGGAGUUAUCUGGGCGUAGGGUUCCAAGAGCAUGGAAUGCACAACACUUGCGUUACUACUACAGUUGA